AUGAGACAUGGAGUCGAGGUAGAUAAAGCAAAGGUAGAUGUUAUUGAGAAACUCCCACCUUCAACAUCUAUAAAGGGUGUUAGGAGCUUUUUGGGGAAUGCCAGUUUCUAUCGGAGGUUUAUCAAGGACUUAUUCAAAAUUGCUAAACCCUUAUGCAAAUUAUUGGAGAAGGAUACGAUGUUCAACUUUGAUGAGGAGAGCUGUGAUGGGCCAGUAAAGGAACAAUGUUUUUCAUCCCAUCUACUAUGCAAGUUGGACUCUGACAAGAGUUCAAUUGAUUAUACGGUAACAGAGAAAGUAUUACUUGCUAAUGUGUUUGCAUUUGACAAGUUUCAAUCUUAUCUUGUAGAUACCAAAGUGACUAAAGACACUAAGCUGAGAUUUAUCAAAUGGGUACUUCUACUCCGAGAAAUCAGUCUAGAAAUUCAAGAUCGAAAGGGAGUAGAAAACCAAGUAGCAGACCAUUUGUCGAGAUUGGAGCCGGAAAAAGGGAAUUCUCCACCUAUACCCAUUCAGGAGACAUUCCCAGAUGAACACAUACUGAAGGGUAUUUACUCUCUCGAUCCUUUCCCUCCGUCUUUUAAUCGCAAGUACAUAUUGGUAGCAGUUGACUACGUGUCUGAGUGGGUUGGGGCCAAGGCAUAUCUGACAAACGAUGCUAAGGCUGUGAUGAAGUUUUUGCCUAAGCAUGUGUUCGCAGGGUUUGGAACCCUGAGAGCUAUUAUCAGUGAUGAAAGGACCCAUUUUGUGAACAAAUGGUUGAAAUGGUUACUCGAAAAACAUGGAGUGAAGCACAAGGUUGUAACAACUUACCAUCCACAGACGAAUGGACAAGCUGAAUUGGCAAACAAAGAAAUCAAAGGCAGACUCGAUAAGGUAGUUUUCCCAAAGCAACGAGAUUGGUCCAAAGGAUUGGAUGAUGCUUUAUGGGCCUACAGGACAACAUACAAGGCACCUUUAGGGAUGUCACCCUAUAGGUUGGUCUUUGGGAAAGCCUGUCAUCUACCCUUGGAGUUAGAACACAAAGCUUAUUGGGCUCUCCAACAACUUAAUUUGGAUUUAGAGUUUUCUAAAGAGAAAUGGAUGCUUCAACUCAACAAGUUAGAGGAGUUCUGA